AUGUCGACCUCAAUGUUAUUCUCAAGGCAACUAUGGAAGUUAAAGUGUUACCAGUUGGGAACCUGGGGCACCCUGAGGACUCGCAUUUCUGCUUUGUGCACCACUAACAGUGGAGAGGUUUCAAAGACUGCUGAAAAGCCAAAUGAUCCAGAUGAGAGAGCAACCCUUCUAAAAUACAAGACAUCAGUGUCCUUCCCUAUGAGGGUUUCCAACCAUGGAUCUCUGGGUAUUGCAGCUGCAAUGUCCAAUACCCAUGCAGGCAAAGUAGUGGAUACAUUGCCUAUCAUAGAUACACGUUCCACCACGGCAGAAGAAUCUUUCAUUUCAGCGACAGCCCCGGGCAAUACAGCCACAACCGAGACACCCGAUUGUGAAUCUGGUGACCAAAAAAGUCCUGAACAUCUUUCCGCAUUGGUCAGUGACUCUUCUGAUUCUGACUCAGAUUCUGAUUCUGACUCUGAGACAGACUCUCUAACAACUUCAGCCUCUGUGCAAGAAGUACCACAAUUCCCACAGAAUACACAAGUACAGGUUAAAGAGAAGGAAGAUGAAGCUAAUAAGGAGCUUAUACCAGAACAUGAAGCUAAUUCUGCCUCUGCUACCUUGCCAGAAGAGGCAGCACAUGAAAAAGCAUCUGAAAAUAUCAUGGAGGUAAAAAAUGUUGGCGCUGUUGCGGACCAGAUGGAAUCUAGUCCACAAUUCCAGGAUUUGUCGGAAGAGUUAUCAGAGAUCAAACAGACAGAGUUGCAAGCUCAUGCUAAUUCUGUAUCAGAAUUAAGUGAGAGUGGAACAUCUCCCACAGUCCCUGGUGGUAGUGAAAAUACUGCAUUUGAAGCUGUGAGUAAGGUUUCUAAUCCAGAACAAGACUCAACUGAUGCCAUUUUAGAAACCACAGUGCCCGUGUGUGCUGAAGUUAGUGCAGAUACUGCACCCCUGCUUGCAGAAGAUGAAUCUGUCGUUCAAGGAACUGACGAGGCCGUGUGUGCUGAAGCUGCUGCAUUGCCAGUGGAUGAUGCUGUCCCCUCUGGAGCAACUACUGAUGUUGCACCCAUGGUCUUGACCUCUUCGCAGAGUACUAGUGAGCUGCCGGACCCUUUGAGAGAAGAACUACAGACAGAUACUUCACUUGAGGAAAAUGCAGCACAAGCACCUGCUGAGCCGGAAGAGAUCAUUGACAACAGCACAUACCGAAAUUACCAACACCACAGCUACACCCCCUAUACCUUUGCAGACAUGGAUGUAGAGAUGGCAAAGUAUCGUCUCCCACAGCCCAGCUCGGGAAGAUCCUCACCUAGACACUAG